AUGAGAUCCAGUAAUUUAUCAAAUGAGUACGCAGAGCUAUUUGGACAGCGUCCAACCGUUUUGGCGAAGAGGGAAGCUACCUUGUACAAGCACAAGGUACAGAACCUACAAAUGAGGGCGCAAUGUAUUAGAGAGAAAAUAAUAUGCACGGUGCAAGGAAUCACUAUGAGCUGCGAGGCGUGCGGAUUUUUAAUGCUCUUAAAAUCCCUUCCCGAGAGCUUAAGGAUUGAAUUUUACGACCAGGAAAUAGACGGGAUCUCACUUAAGCCAACUUUCGUUAAUGAAUUCACGAAGAAAGAGCUCAAAUUUUUGGAUGAGCUUCAAAGAAGCAUCGAAACGGAGAUGCAUGAAGCGAUACAACAGAUCAAAAAUGAAGACUGCCAGAACAUACACGUGGAAACGUUAAAGGCCUUCACUGAGUCCCAGCGACUUAUGGAAGAAUUUGGGAACACCAUCAGACAGAAAUUCACACGCUUUGGAGAAAAACUAACAGCGUUCGAAACCCUCCUAGAAGACAUGGAGACCAGAAAUCGAAACCUGAUAUCGACGGCUCACAAAUGCGAUCAAACUCCAAUGCCUGAUAAUUCCACAGCAGUGAGAAUCGACGAUCAAAUGAAACCCCCUGAAGGUGAAGUCGAAGGAGACUUAUUAGACCUAAAUGGCGAUGAGGAGCAAAGUCAACCGGACGUGCCAGACCACCAAGGAGAAGAACCCUCGGCGCAACUAAAGGAUAAAGAGACAUGGACAACCACUGGAAGAAAAGAUAAUGAUGAAAUACAAAGGUCAAGGUCGAGAUCGCCUCACCGCAAUGUUCACAGACGAAAGAAAUGA